CGUCCAAUGGGUCGUGAAGUGUUGAUAGCUAGUUAGCUAGCUAGCUGGCUAGGAGUGUUUACAAUGUUUGUGCUUUAGUAAUUGAAUUUAGAGGAAACGGUUCAACUCCCGUGGAGCCGUAUACAUGUAGGUGUAGGUGUGUACACCAGUGCUGUGAAAGGCAUAAGUAAUUGUUGUUAAAGCGGUUUAAAGCUAGGCGUUGGCGCUGACCAGUGUUCGGCUGCAGCGUCGCCUCUGGUGUUGCUGCUGUAAAGUAGGACUUUGAAUCGGAUUGGCUGUCAUGUUGGGACCCGGCCUAAUCAAUACAGAGAGAAAAACACCUCUUAACUGACGAAUAAUGUCAAUAUCUAAUGUGAAUAUGUGAAGUUCUCCAGAGCAGCGAUGUCAGAUCCGAGUGAGACACAGCCCGAGCUCAGCAAGCUGAAGCUGGGGCGUAAGACUGUUCUGGUGACUGGGGGAGCUGGUUUCAUUGGGUCACAUCUUAUCAUGCUUGUGGCUGUGAGAUAUCCCCUGUGGCGAAUCGUCAAUGUUGAUUCAUUGGACUACUGCUCAAGUCUGAAGAACCUCAAAUGUCUUGAGAACACAAGGACUUACACAUUUAUCCAGGGGGAUAUAUGCGACAGGUAUUUUAUUAAUCAUCUGUUUGCUUCUGAAAACAUUGACAUUGUUUUCCAUUGUGCUGCUCAAUCACAUGUUGAGAAUUCCUUCCUGUAUCCAUCUGAAUUCAUGCAUGUGAAUGCAGAUGGCACAAAUGUACUGCUCCAAGCAGCAUUUGAGGCUGGAGUGGAAAAGUUCAUAUACAUGAGCACUGAUGAGGUGUAUGGAGAUAGUCUGGACAAGGAAUUUGAUGAAUUGAGUCCAAAAAGGCCAACUAAUCCAUAUUCCACAUCAAAAGCUGCUGCUGAAAACCUUGUGAUGUCAUACUGGGAAAAGCACAAGUUCCCCAUAAUAAUAACACGGAGCAGUAAUGUGUAUGGACCACGGCAAUACCAUGAAAAGGUUAUUCCCAAAUUUUUAUUGCUCCUACAACAAGACCAAAAAUGCACUAUUCAGGGAACAGGCCUCCAGUCUCGUCACUUUCUUUAUGUUGAAGACAUCACGGAGGCCCUUUUGAUGCUGAUGGAGAGGGGUGCCCUGGGGGAAAUUUACAACAUUGGGGCUAACUUUGAGAUUCCCAUCAUCCAACUCGCUAGAGAGUUGGUGAAGGUGGUGAAGAAUGCAUCUAAUGACCAGCUGGAUGACUGGCUACUGUUUGUUGAGGACAGACCGGUCAGUGACUUGAGGUACCCAAUGGUAUCAGACAAGAUGCACAGACUUGGAUGGAAGCCAAAGGUCUCAUGGAAGGACGGCAUCAGAAGGACUAUUAAGUGGUACGCAGAGAACACAUCCUACUGGCCAGUGGUCACUGAAAAGAAGCAGCACCGUCAUCUGUUAACUGAGAACCAUCACUUGCUUCAUGAUGCCAAGACCAAAGACACCUUUGCACAAAGUGCUUUAUAGACAAAGUGAUAUUUAGUAAAUCCAGUAUUUUUCUAUGAAUGAGGACACAGAUUUUCACUAAAAUGUGUUUUUAAAAGCAUAAAAACUGUUGAGAUUAUGUUUCUAAUUUUAGUAUUUAUAUUUUGUAUAUACUUUUCGUGUAAAUGAAUACAAUUGCUGCCAUAAAUUUAAUACAUAGCAACUCUG